CUUUCUCUGUCCUCAGGCUCUUUGUUCCUGAUGCAUCCUGCCUGUGCGCUGCAGUGAGAACCCACCGUGGAGGGGGCCAGGAGCUCCUGGAAACCACUUGUGCCCCUGGGAGAAGAGGAAGCUCUCCUACCUCCCAGGGAGCCAGCCUGGCAGGAACUCUCCAGGGGGCUGACGAGCCCAAGGCUGCCCAGUGUUGCCAAGUCCGUGGCCUCUGCCCUGGCCCCUGCAGGAGUCCUCCCACACCGUCCUCCCGAGCUUACCACCGAGUGAGGCCCCUCCUGCCCCUGUCUGCACUCCCUUCAGAGCCGGCUUGGCUUCGUCAAAAGCAGGGCCCAUCAGGGUGGAGGCGGCGAUGUGUCAGCUGGUAUUCAGGCUCUGGUUGUGAGCUCAGAUCGCUCCCCCUCCCCAUCUCCCCAAAUCCACCCACCCACACCCCUUUACCCACUGCUUGGGGCCUUCUGGGUGGCAGCACUUCACAGAGGGAGACAGAGCAGAAGCCUUGAGCCCUUGGCUGUUGGGGUGGGCGGACUGACUCACUUAGCCCCCUCCCUAGUACCGAUGGGGCAGCCCCCACGCCCAUGGGCGCUGGCACCCGGUCAGGCCCCUGGGUUUCGGAAAAGGAAGCUGCAGCCCCGCGGCGCCUGACCUGAGCUGGCUGAGGAUGCGCUCUGCGCGCUGGGACCCGCUGGCCCCCGGGCGGGGAGGAGAUGUUUAGGCAGCGAGCCCCCAGAGCAGGCUUGCUUCCGCGGCCGCCUGCUGGGGCCACCCUGACCGCGGGCCCGCCAGGACGCCCCUGUUCGCGGCGCCCCUCCCCGGGCGGUGGCGCGUCCCCCGAGUCUCGCAAUAUUUCCUUCCUGCACCUUUAAGAAGACCGUUGCUCCGUGGUGGGAUGGUGUGUUAAAGCCACACAGAGGAAGUUACGCAGCCCGGAUCAGACCGAGAGAUAAAAGCCCCGAUGGUGAUCGUGAGUGAUGGCAAGAGGAUUUGGCCUCGGCAUUAACUUGGAGCUGAGUGCAGGGGGGCAGUGAAGCGCCCAGCCAUCUGGCCCGCGCCGCGCGGGGGGAUGCCCCGGCGCCCCGACGAGCAGCCGCGAAGCCCACCCAGGCCGGGGGCUGCCCGGUGCCCGAGCACGGGUCCUCUCCGAGCCGCCCAGGGGGGCCAAAAAGUUUGCACUUGUUAGCGCCGACCUCCCGCUCGCCCGCGGCGGGCGAUGCAGGCGGUGCGGGUGGCCCCCUCCCCCUGCCCGUGUCUCCGGGACGGCUGCGGGCGGCCCCCCCGGCGGCCGGAGGGCUCCCCAACCCCACUCUGACGGCCGCAGCGGCGGCGGCCACAGCGGCGGCGGGAGCGGCGCGAGGAAGGAGCAGCGGCUCGCAGCCCUCCGGCCCUCGCCCCCACCCAGCGCCAGCCCGAGGGGGAAGGCGGAGCGCCAGAGGGUGGCGGUUCUCGGCCUCCCAGGUCCCCGCUCCGGGAAGCUGCUCCGAGCCGGGGUGUUGUUGCUAAUGAGCUCUCCUCCCUUCUUACAAUGAAAGGCAAGCCAGACCCCGGGUACCUGGAUGGAUGGAGAGCUGAAGUCCCAGAAACUUCAUAAUAAGUUGCUGAUGGCUACCAGCCAAGGUCAGCUGGCCCCCAUUAGUGCCUGUCCCCACCAAAACAGAGCCAAAUAAGCUUCUCCCCAGUUAACACCUCAGUAGCUUUUUAUGUUUUGGUCCAGCCACACAAUUGUUGUCACUUUAAGCCCAUAUGAAAAGAAAUCUCUUUUAUGGGUCUGAGAUGCCAAGUCCGGUCCCAGAGAGGGAACAUGUUUCCAGCUAACACAUCCACCUCCUGGUUUUAUUCUAUCUUUACAACGCAGGCCAGAGGGUUGUUUUGCAGUAGUGGUGAGCACAUCACACACGAAGGGCCUUUUAAAGACCUGGAUUGAUUGGAAGGACAAAAAUUACAGGCAAUGUGAUCCGGCCCCAUGCCAGAGCCCUGUGGAUUUCCUCCCUAUCCCAUUUCCACCCACUGUCACAAUUUGAGAGUCUGCCUGAUUUGAUCAGAUUCACCUCUGGGAGAGGUACAAUGCCAAGGUCAGGAGGACGCCAAGUUAUGGGCAACUUUUUGAUCUGCCUAUCAGCAGUCUGAGAAACGCUGGCUCUGAGUUUUCCAUCUUAUCCUUUUGGAAAAAACAAGUUCCUCGCCGUCUGAAACCCGGCGGUACUCGAGUCCCUGGGACAUCCGGCCUCCGUAGCCUGGUAGAUGUGGCAUUUCCAUGCUGAGGCUGAGAGCCCCGCCUGACCCCGUCGUCGCUGACUGUCCAGGGCCCCUCUGGGCUGCGCCCCUGCAGACUGCACAGCCAUGCUGCACCUCCUGGCACUUUUCCUGCACUGCCUCCCACUGGCUUCUGGGGACUAUGACAUCUGCAAAUCCUGGGUGACCUCAGACGAGGGCCCCACCUGGGAGUUCUAUGCCUGCCAGCCCAAGGUGAUGCGCCUGAAGGACUAUGUCAAGGUGAAGAUGGAGCCCCCGGGCAUCACAUGCGGAGACCCCCCUGAGAGAUUCUGCUCCCACGAGAACCCCUACCUGUGCAGCAAUGAGUGUGACGCCUCCAACCCAGACCUGGCCCACCCGCCGCGGCUCAUGUUUGACAAGGAGGAGGAGGGGCUGGCCACGUACUGGCAGAGCGUCACGUGGAGCCGCUACCCGAGCCCGCUGGAAGCCAACAUCACCCUCUCGUGGAACAAGAGUGUGGAGCUGACGGACGACGUGGUGGUGACCUUCGAAUACGGCCGGCCCACGGCCAUGGUCCUCGAGAAGUCCCUGGACAACGGGCGCACGUGGCAGCCCUACCAGUUCUACGCAGAGGACUGCAUGGAGGCCUUCGGCAUGCCCGCCCGCCGCGCCCGCGACCUGGCGGCGGCCGGCGCCCACCGCGUGCUGUGCACCGAGGAGUACUCGCGCUGGGCGGGCUCCAAGAAGGAGAAGCACGUGCGCUUCGAGGUGCGGGCCCGCUUCGCCAUCUUCGCCGGCCCCGACAUGCGCAACAUGGACAACCUGUACACGCGGAUGGAGAGCGCCAAGGGCCUCAAGGAGUUCUUUACCCUCACCGACCUGCGCAUGCGGCUGCUGCGCCCCGCGCUGGGCGGUACCUACGUGCAGCGGGAGAACCUGUACAAGUACUUCUAUGCCAUCUCCAACAUCGAGGUCAUCGGCAGGUGCAAGUGCAACCUGCACGCCAACCUGUGCUCUGUGCGUGAGGGCAGCCUGCAGUGUGAGUGUGAGCACAACACCACCGGCCCCGACUGUGGCAAGUGCAAGAAGAACUUCCGUGCCCGGUCCUGGCGGGCCGGCUCCUACCUGCCGCUGCCCCACGGCUCUCCCAACGCGUGUGCUGCUGCAGGCUCCUCCGUUGGCAAGUGGAUCAGACCAUGUACAGCGGCCCCCCUCAGGGGGAGCCCCUCUUGGCGUCAGGUGUCCUCCAGUGCAGAAGCUAUGGGCACCUCUGCCCGUGCCCCCAAGGCCUCCAAACCUUUCCAGCUCAGGCCCAAAUCUCCUCAAGUGAUGCCUAUUGAAAAAUUCCAAGAUAAGAGGAAGGACUGCGAGUGUUAUGGCCACUCCAACCGCUGCAGCUACAUCGACUUCCUCAACGUGGUGACCUGCGUCAGCUGCAAGCACAACACGCGAGGCCAGCACUGCCAGCACUGCCGUCUGGGCUUCUACCGCAAUGGCUCUGCCGAGCUGGAUGACGAGAACGUGUGCAUCGAGUGUAACUGCAACCAGAUCGGCUCCGUGCACGAUCGGUGCAACGAGACCGGUUUCUGCGAGUGCCGGGAGGGUGCGGCGGGGCCCAAGUGCGACGACUGCCUCCCCACACACUACUGGCGGCAGGGCUGCUACCCCAACGUGUGCGACGACGACCAGCUUCUCUGCCAGAACGGCGGCACCUGCUUGCAGAACCAGCGCUGCGCCUGCCCGCGCGGCUACACCGGCGUGCACUGCGAGCAACCUCGCUGCGACUCCGCCGACGACGACGGCAGCCUGGACUGCGACCGCGCGCCGGGGGCCGCGCCGCACCCCGCCACCCUGCUCGGCUGCCUGCUGCUGCUGGGGCUGGCCGCCUGCCUCGGCUGCUGAGCCCUGCCGGAGGACCCGCGGCCGGUGAGAGCCGGUCCGCGCGCCCUGCGCCCUGCGCCCAGGGGCCCGAGGCUCCGGGGACCCGGGGGCCGGCCUCCGCGGCGGGGCGGCGAGAAGGGUGCAGCAGGAGCUGCUCCCAGGUGCUACUCAGCGGAGUCCUCUGCCCUCCUCCCGCCCCGCUCCGUGGCACCUGCCCAGCCCUGGCUCUACAGCAGGGGGCGCUGUGGGGCCUUGGCCCCAGCGGCCUGCGAUUUUGGUCUUAGUUUUUCUAUUAUCCUUCGCCCCUUGCCCUUUUCCUAUUUUUUUUUUUUUUAUUUUUUGCUGGCGGUGAGACCGGGUGGGGAGAAACGCUGGUCACCCAACACCCCCAGAUUCACACACACACACACACACACACACUCACACACACACUCACUCACUGUUGCAGACCCCCUGCGCCUAUCCCUGGCUUACCAUCAGCCAGCGGACUCGGAACUCCAGUUGCCUACAACUCUAGUCGCUGACUCGAUUCUCUUUUAUAUUCUUUCUCAGUUGUACUUUGCAACCCACCAGACCGCAGGCCCCUCCAGAGGCUGGUGACCAAGGAACUCACCGUCUGGGGGAGGGAGUUAGGAAGGAGGGUUGGGAGGGCUGGAAACUUUGUUUUGUAGAGAACUAUUUUUGUUUGUAUUAACCAUCCCCUGUAAGAAGGGACACGACUGGGACGCUGGUCACCACGGGGUGCUUGAUGGUGUAUAAUCCGACAGAGUAAAACAUCUGCUCACUGCUGCCUCCAGGGCCUGUUUUCUUUCUGUGUUCAUUUGGGAUUUAAAGAGGCACCCCAAUAUCACCUUAAAGAAACUAUUUCACUUUCAGGCUACCAUCCCCCAGGCUCUCUCACCGCUCGGCCAGGUGUGGCCAUGCCAGUGACCCACAUGCUCCCCAAACUUGGGAGACUGUCGCCCUCCUUCCCCAAAACAAACAAACAAACAAAAAACCCAGAGUUUAUUGCACUUUUCCUCAGCUGUCCUCAAAUUUAAAAGCACUCGGUGGACGCUGAUACAGCCACUGAGAAGUCCGAGGGACAGGACUGGCCCGCGUUCUGCUGGCGCGUGACUUCCAGGCCCCGGUUUCUAAAUCAGAGGGACUGUGUGGUCUCAGACCUGCCGGACCCCAGGCCUCAGGUCCAGUGUCUGCGGCCGCUGCCUCUUUCCAGAGGCCCCUGCUGGCCUGAGAGUCCCAAGGAGGGAUGGCCAAGGCGACGCAGGGACAGCGUGGGAGUUGUGAGAGGACGCUCUGAAGAAUGGAGCCCAUCAGCUGAGGCCCUUGGCUAGGGAGGGUGCCCUGGGUCUGUCCAGCCCUUGGGUGUUGCGCUCCGGGUUUCCCUCCCUACGUACGUACGUACUUCCUCAAAGCCUCAAAGACACCCAGGGCCACGGAUCCGGUUCUGGUUCCUCAUUGCUCCUAUAGCCCCCACCUGCGAUCACCCUUUGACACCUGCUCUGCCAGCAGCUGCCACUCUUUCCAGGCUGGGAAGUUUAGACCUGCCACACUCCCUCAAGUCCCCAAGGCAAUGCUAAGACUGGGUUUAACAAAACUUGACCUUGAGGAUGAGAUUACAAUACAGGAAAGGAAGGGGAGCUACAACUGACAUUAAAUAUGACGAGCUGCACCUCGAGGCCGAGCACCCCCAGCUCCCAUCCCAAAACCAGGUUGCAGGGUCAGCUCCCAGGUCCCUGUGGCUUUAUCUCUUCCUUACUGACAGAACCCCACUCAGCCCAGCUGAACUAAAACAUCUCUGGGGCUCCUUGUGCUUGUGCGUAGGAGUGGCCAUGUGACACAGUUCUGGACAAUGAGAUGUAAGCAGGAGUGAUGGGUGGGGCUUCCAGAAAGUUCCCUAGAAAUCUCCCCUACCCCAACUCCCAACCAAGCCUUGUUUGGCCAAGUUUUGGGCCCUGGCUUUUGUCUCUCAAGUCUCCCCCACCCGCAGUGCUGAGUAAACAGGGCUGUAGGGAGAGAGAAUGGUGGAGCCAAGAAGGUAGAUGCUGCUUUUCUGAGGAACUGGCAGAGCCAGGGACCAGCCCUGGUUGC